CCCAAGUAACCGCUGCACAGCUUGCACAGCUUCCAUCGACAAGCCACACUCCUCCUUCGGCAGACUGUUGCCCGGCCCCUCCCUUGCCGCUCCGAAACCCCUCCACGACUGAUUGCCGAGCCUGUCUUCGCCCUCGACAACCAUGGCUACAUUCCGCCGGUUCCGUCCCGAUGAUGUCAACAAGUUUUCCAAGUGCAAUCUUGAUCCUCUUACCGAGACGUACGAGCUGGCCUUUUACCUCCAGUACCAUGCCAAGUGGCCCUCUAUGUUCCAGGUCUGCGAGGACAUGAACGGGAACAUCAUCGGCUACAUCAUGGGCAAGCUGGAAUCAUCGCCCGAUGUCUACAAAUUCUCCGAACAUUACCUCCCAUGGCACGCCCACAUCACGGCCCUGACCGUUGCGCCGGAAGCCCGAAGACUAGGAAUUGGCAAGAUUCUGUCUGAGCAACUGGAGGCCGCCGCCGAUUCCAACGACGCCUGGUUUGUCGACCUUUUCGUCCGCACGAGCAACCACAAAGCAAUCACAUUCUACAAGAGCAUGGGUUACAGUGUCUUCCGCGUGGUCAAGGACUAUUACGGCGACCAUGCUACGGACCCCACGCGCGAUGGCGAAGAUGCCUACGACAUGAGGAAGCCGAUGAAGAGGGAUACGAAACUGCAUCAUAUUAGAGAUGAUGGCGAGAAGCAUGAAGUUGAUCCAUCCGAUGUUUGGUGAAAGUGUUCUCAGCAUCUUAUCUAGCAGUUCCUAGCUGCUCUAGCAGGCCUCGACCUGCCGUA